CGAAUCGAAGAAGUGUCCGACAGUGACUCGGACCCGUCGGAGAUGGAUCCCUCGGAAUUCGAUCCUGGCCUUAUGAACUCCAUCAUCCAACCCGCCAACAUUCCCUCCACCGCCCCUCAAUACUCGCAACAGCAACAGCCUGUCCUCCAGCCCCAUUUCCCGGGCCGCCCACCGCCAGACCAGAAUGCUGAACGCGAGCGCACCAAGCAUUACCAGUGUCUAUACCCCAUCUACUUCGAUUCAUCUCGCUCCCGCGCCGAAGGUAGACGAGUAGGAAAGAACGAGGGCGUCGCAAACCCGCUAGCCCAAGACAUUGCCAAUGCCUGUUCACAGCUGCCUGUUACCGGCCAGGUUGUAUUCGAGCCUGCAAAGACACACCCCAAAGAUUGGGCCAACCCCGGCCGCGUGCGUGUCUUGAUUAAGGAGGACGGAAAGCCUGCAGGAAGAGGCUCCAUUAAGAACAAGCACCAGCUGUACAAAUUGGUUGCCGAAUACCUACGAGCCCACCCCACCACUGAGGAGUCGCCUAUGCGCAUGCGUAUUGCCGGUCUGCCACCUCCGACCAAGCCCAUCCCACCACCAGCUGCACCUAAAGGUUGGAAAUUGGGUACGAUAUUACCAUUACACUCUCCCGCUCUGAGCGGCGGCGGCGUCAACGAGAACUACUUUAAGGAUAUGAUGCAGGAGAUGCAGGGU